AUGAAUCAUAGUAACACAACACUCCAGACAACGGCCAGCUUGAAUUCAGUGCAGUCAAACUCCUCUGCAAAUGUGACCUUUGUGCGUCCUGCAACAUUCUUCAUCAGUGGAUUUUCUAAUUUCCCACAUGCAAAAUACUACUAUGUGUUCUUGUGUUUUGUAUAUGCUGUGACCCUUUUGGGGAAUUCAUUUAUCAUGUGUACCAUUUAUUUGGCCCGCAGACUUCACACAGCCAAAUACAUUGCAGUCUUUAAUCUGGCCCUUUCUGAUCUGUGUGGAAGCUCAGCUUUGAUUCCAAAACUCAUAGACAUGUUUUUAUUUGAGCACCAGCUCAUUUCAUAUGAAGCGUGCUUGAUGAAUAUGUUUUUUGUGUUUAAUUUUAUGAACGUUCAGUCUUUGACGCUACUCGCUUUGGCUUAUGACAGACUGGUUGCUAUUUGUUUUCCUCUACGGUAUCAUGCCAUUAUUACCAAAAAAUCCAUGUCACUCCUUAUAGGCAGUAUGUGGAUGUUUUCCAUGCUUUUAUUUGCUGUACUUGUGGGAUUAGUCAACAGACUCUCUUUUUGUAGAUCUACUGUGGUCGAUAGCUAUUUCUGUGAUCACGGCCCUGUCAUCAGCCUGUCCUGUAACAGUAAUUCCAUAAAUUACCUCAUGGCAUAUAUUUUAUUUGGUCUCCUAAUUUGCCUGCCGGUGAUAGUGAUAACCCUCUCAUAUUGUUGCAUUGCUGCGGCAUUGCUCAAGAUUGCUCAUGGUGCUGAUCGCAUCAAAGCCAUGAAAACUUGCACCUCACAUCUUGUGUUAGUGGCAGUUUUUUAUCUCCCAAUUUUAAGUGUAAAUGUUAAAUCCAUCUCAACAUCUAUUGAUCAAAACUCCCGGAUAAUUAACAAUUCCCUGACGCAAAUAAUACCACCUAUGCUGAAUCCCAUUAUAUACACUCUAAAGACAGAGGAGGUCAUGCAGUCCAUAAAAGAACUGUACAAACAACGCAAGGUGAACACUAUUACAGAAAGAAAUGUGAAACAGAGAAUAUAA